AUGAAUGAUAACAGUACAGCAAAGUCUACUGUAUUGACAAGUAAGACAGAUACAUGGCUACCUCAAACAGUAGCAGUUAGUUCACUUCCAUCAACAACUACAGGGAUCAUUAAUGAGGAUUCUGCAGGUCAGAAUUCUUUAACAUAUGGAAGUGAUUUGUCUACCAAUAAUAUUAUAACGUCUAUAUCAUCAUCUUUACCAGAUAGUACUUUAUCCGAUUUAUUUUCUUCAAGUGAUGACCUUCUAUCUACUGUUUCUUCAGUAUCAUCGGUGGAAACCAGAUAUUCUUCUAUUGAAUUAUCUUCAUCCUUUGCAGAUUCUUUAUCGUCUACCACAGCCCCGUUAUCAUCAUCAUCAUCAUCAUCAUCAUCAUCGUCGCUCACAACAGAUCAAUUAGUUAGCAUACCUUCCACUACAGGGUCCUCAAAUGAUUCAACUUCAUCUGUAUUAUUACAAACAUUCUUUUCUUCUUCUUCUUCUUCUGUCAGCGAUAGUAUUGAGAAUAGUGUAAUUAUACCAACUUUGACAAUUGAAUAUAACGAUACAAUUCCUUCACAGACUACAACAUAUACUCCAACGACAUCGUCCAAUGCGUCCAAUUCGUUAAUUGCAAUCAAGACCACUGUAACUGAUCCAUUUCUUUCAAUAAUUAAUGCUUUCAAACAUAAUACUACUCAGUCUACUUCAUUUGUAACAACAAAGAUAUCUGAUUCUUCAUUAAAUGGGAACAGUUACAAUAAAUCAAUGAUAACAAAAGUCAAUCCGACUCCAUCAAUCAUCCUGUCCUCCUCCAGAUCAAAUUUUACUGUUACAUUUAAUAGUAAACACUUCACGUCCUCAUCACAAUCCACUAGAAAUACAACUACAUUGCAAAAAAGUUCUUCUUCUUCUUCUUCUUCUUCUUCUUAUUCUUCUUCUUCUUCUGCUUCACAUUUUAGUCCUAUAUUUACCACCAUGACUAUGACUACUACAAGUAGUAGUAAUGAAGUUAAUACCACCAGUUCGACUGAGCUUUCUUCAAGUACCACGCAAUAUUCAUACCUCGAAGAUGAAAGUUUGCUCUAUUACAUAUAUACACAACAAUAUGAUUUUACUGACUCCGUUACAUCUUUCACAGCAGGAUUUCCUGAAACCAUAACAAUAACAAAACCAUCAGCCUCUGGUGAAGCGACUACUUCAUUUACAAUUCCAUCAUCAACAAUUACUGCUAAUGCUUCACUUUAUGAAAAAUUAUUAAAUGGUGGUGCAUUGGACGGAUCUGAUUCUUCUUCAUCAAGUGAUGCAACGAAAUCACAUUCUAGUAAAGUUGGUACUAUUGUAGGAAGUGUAGUUGGUAGCAUCGGUGGUGUAAUUAUCGCAGUACUACUAUUAUGGUGGUUUUUGAGAAAUAGGAAAAAUAGAUCCCCCAAGACUACUCACGGUUAUGAUAAGAGUUUUGCUCAUGAAAUUCAUGAAAGACAGGGAUAUAACGCUACAGGGAUGUUACAUGCAUCAUCAUCGUAUGCUGAUGAAAAUACUUUAAAGAUUACCACCCAAAUGGAUUCACAGAUGAAUCCCCCACCUUCUAAAUUUUCUACAACGAACCCAUUUAUUAAUCAAGAUGACACCCAAGCAAGAAAACCUCCUCCAGUCCCACUACCUAGAAAGAACAAAAUGAAUACUUUAUAUGGUCCAGGCAGACAAUCCUGGACAGAGCAAAACACUAAUUCAUAUGUAUCAUCGUCUGCUGAAUCAUCAUUUGCAGAAGAUUCUACUCUUUCAUCGAGUUCUAUUAGAUUAGGAUCACACUACGAUAGUCCAUCGAGUAAUAUUCAUUCGACAGUAUCUCAUCCACAAGGAUUUUUCCGUGAAAUCAUUUAA